AUGCACAUCACGAAGAAAUUCGACCGCGCAUUUCAAUGGGCGGGGGAGAAGAUGGGCCAGGAGGCCAAAACUGGCAUGUCGGACGAGUUCAAGGCGCUGGAGACCGAGAUGGCAUUGCGAUAUGACGGGAUGGAGCGUCUCCAAAGAUCGAUGAACACUUACACCAAGUCAAUCUCUCGUCGGUGCGAAGCCAACGAGGACAAGGAGAAGGGUCUGCCCAUCAGUCUUCUGGGUCGAACUAUGAUCAGUCAUGGAGAGGAUUUUGAGCCGGACUCGGAAUUUGGCAAUUGCCUCAUCGCCAUGGGACAGGGCAACGAGCGUAUUGCUGGAAUUCAGGAGACUUACAUCGCGCAAUCUACUUCAUACUGGCUGGAAGGCCUGGAGCGCUCAUUGGCGAUGAUGAAAGAGUACCAGGCUGCUAGAAAGAAGCUUGAGAACCGCCGACUUGCCUACGAUGCAGGCUUGACCAAGAUGCAGAAAGCCAAACGAGAAGACUUCAGAUUGGAAGAUGAGCUCCGCGCGGCAAAGGCGAAGUACGAAGAGUCAUCAGAGGAUGUCCUCCGCCGCAUGCAAGAUAUCAAGGAGGCCGAGUCCGAAUCUCUUCAGGACCUCACCAACUUCCUCGAUGCCGAGCUUGAGUACCACGAGCGCUGCGCAGAAGAGAUGCGCCGCGUACGUGCAGCCUGGUUGGCGCCAUCCGCCGGUCAAGUCUCGGUUGGUCGUGGGGGCCAGCCCGACUUUGGUUUGUCUCGCCGCACGAGUCGCAGCCGCAGCAACACGGCCCACUCGAUGUCAGAACGGAAUGACCGAACUGAGCGCUGGGCUUCUCGGCAAGAUAUUUACGAAGAUGAUGAGCCUGCACCUGCACCAGUGCGAAUGCCGAUCCGAUCAGCCCGUCAGUCCAGCAGCGGCACUGCUACUCCCGUGUCACCUCCCCGCCCGACUGUCAAUCGCUCAAUGACAUUCGGAGGAACCUUCGAGGGUCCAAGAGACCGUCCUGCGUACCGUGAGCCGCCGUUGCCACCUCCGUCCCAGGAGUCCCUGCGCAAGGCCCCGGGUGUUCCCGCCAACGUGAGCUCAUUGCGCAAUAACUUGCGACCUAUCAGCCGCAUUUCCACCAACCAGAGCAACAGCUCCGAUGUGUUUGCCGACGACUACGACACCAACACCAGCAGCGGGAGCCCGGAAUAUGAUCGAAGUGAAAGUCCCGCUACCAGCUAUGGCAGCCUGAGCAGGACGACGAGCAACACAGGUCUUGCUAAGAAGGCCCCGCCACCACCACCUCCUAGCCGUGCUAAGAAGCCUCCGCCUCCUAUUCCCCAGAAGCGGGACUUAGCUUAUUAG